AUGUGCCAGCCGCUUGCCGGUGCGGCGCCGGAGGCAGAAGGGCUGGGUGAUGGCCCACAGGGCGAUGAAGCCUUCGAGGGCACCGUGGCGAAGGUUCGUCACCAUGGUCGUCUCGUGUUUGUGAAGCUCUCCGACGAAACCGGAGCCGAAUUCGAUGUAGUCUUCGACUGGAGGUUUUUCGAGCAUGAAAACAGCCCGCGACCGUUCCCUCCCAAGUCCGGGAUCAAGGCGGGCGAUCGUAUCAUCGGACUUUUGGGCUUGCCCUCGGACCCUGGGGCGCCGCCCCGCGCCCGGCAGCUCUCCGCGCGCGAGCCGGGUGCCAAGCUGACUACGAGUGCCGCUCCGAUUCGGCGGACGGGAGCUGUCGCUUCCUCGGGCUGCGCACCCUGCCUGCGCUGCGGAGCCAGUCAGCGCAGGUUCGACCUGGCUCGUGGCCUGCGUGCGCAUCUGCGCGAAGCACAUGCUGCCGACAUGAUCGCCGCCAUUGCGAAGGGCGAGGACGAGGGCGCCUGGCUUGAGCGGGAAGUUGCUGCAGCCGUCAAUGCGGGCGUCUUCGCCCGCCGGGGCGCCGGGGGUGCCCCUCGCCGGAAUGCCGGGCACCAGCGGGGCACUGGCUUGGUGCAGAGAGACGAUCGGCCGGCUGUUCCUGGACAAUGGGAAUCGGAGGGCCUGGACGCCGCGCGCCGCGGCGACGUGCCAAGGCUCAGGGAGCUGUUGUCGGAUGGCUGGCGGCCGUUUGACGCCGAGUCGCUGGACCACAACGGCGCAUCUGCUUUGGACUGGGCUGCCGGAGCUGGGCACAGGGAGGUCGUGGAGUUGCUGCUGCCCCUGGCAGAAGGCAUCCAGUGCUGCCGCCGCGAUGGGCGCGGGCCCGCGCACUGGGCAGCACGGCAUGGGCGAACGGAGGUGCUGCGCUUGCUUGUGGAGAGGAGAGCCUUCGUGAACUUACGCACCACGAAUGGCGGUACCAUGCUGAUGCUUGCUAGUUAUGGUGGGCAUUUGGAGGCCUGUGAGGCGCUCCUCGAGCUCCGGGCGGACCUCUUCGCGCGGAAUGCCUGGGACUGUGACGCAGGGCAUUUUGCUGCCAUGGGUGGAAGUGUUGCUGUUUGCCGCUGGCUGGCCACACAAGGCCUUUCACUGUGUCGCCCACAAGUUUCUGGUCACACCGCUUUGGACAAGGCCAUGGAUGCAGGACAAGAGGAAGUGGUGCGCUUUCUCCGGGGUGACGGACUGGAAGUGCAGGCAGAGGUGCCCCUGCCAGAGAUCUCCGCAAGCGGAUCAGAGGAGGGCCAAAGUGCUACCCA